AUGAAGCGAAUGAGUAUUGUCGCGGCAGCGUUGCUGACAUUGGCCCAGGCAUCGAAGAGCUAUCGUGAUGCCUCCCUGUCUGUGUCAGAGCGGGUGGAGGACCUACUUGCUCAGAUGACCGUGGAGGAGAAGGCUGGACAACUGUUCCAUUCCAUGCUGCCCCAGGCGCCGCUCAAUGUGACCUCGGAAACGCGGAACAGCACUGAAUUUAUGCUCAAAGAGCAACUACUAACGCACUUCAAUCUACUGGGCGGCAUUAGCAAUCCAGCCGAGACUGCAAAUUUCAUCAACAGCGUUCAAAAGGUUGCUCUCUCAACACGUCUCGGCAUCCCAGUCACUAUCUCGACAGACCCUCGCCAUGCGUUCACCGAGAAUAUCGGCACUGGCUUCGCGGCAACAAGCUUUUCUCAGUGGCCCGAAUCCCUUGGACUAGCCGCACUGAGAGACGCCAGCCUGGUCGAGAAGUUCGCAGACAUCGCUCGUCAAGAAGCCAGGUGGUCUCGUAUCGCCAACACGAUGGGUGAGGACGCUGCUUUGACUUCUGAACUUGUUGUUGCCUAUCUGAAAGGUUUUCAUGGCGAGAACUUCGGCCCAGACUCUGUGUCGACUGUCACGAAGCACUUUCCGGGUGCUGGACCAAUGGAGAAUGGCGAAGACUCACAUUUCGUGUACGGCAAGAAUCAAACGUAUCCCGGCAACAAUUUCGAUCACCAUUUGAUUCCAUUCAAGGCGGCGAUUGCGGCCGGGGCGCGACAAAUGAUGCCGUACUACUCACGUCCUAUCGGCACAAAAUAUGAAGAAGUCGGCUUCUCGUUCAACAAGGGGAUUGUGACGGAUCUACUGCAGCACGAAUUGGGCUUCAAAGGAGUCGUUUGUUCUGACUGGGGCCUCAUUACCGACACAGAGAUUGCUGGCCAGGAUAUGCCGGCUCGAGCUUGGGGUGUCGAGUACCUCAGUGAGAAGGAACGUGCUCUGAGGAUCCUUCAGAGCGGUGUCGAUCAAUUCGGGGGCGAGACAAGGCCUGAGCUGAUUGUGGACCUUGUGAAAGACGGUGCAGUGUCUGAGGAGCGGCUUGAUGUGUCAGUACGGAAGCUGCUACGGGAGAAGUUUGAGCUGGGUCUUUUCGACUCGCCCUUCGUAGAUGUGACAAAAGCAAACGGUACUGUUGGGAAGCCAGAAUUUGUUCAGGCUGGCAAUGAUGCACAGAGGAGGGCGUAUACGCUGCUGACGAAUACUAUCCUUCCAUUGAAGGUCGAGGGGAAGUGGUACCUUGAGGGCAUCAACGCGACCUACCUCGAGAGUCGGGGACUAACGGUGGUGAAAACUCCGGAGGAGGCUGAAUUCGCUAUCUUGCGUUUGCAGACGCCCUACGUUCCACGUCCUGGCGGCUUCGAGAAGAACUACCAUACAGGAACGCUUGAGUUCUCUGAGGAGGAGAAAGGCCGGCAGGCAAAGAUCUAUGCUACAGUGCCAACCAUUGUGGAUAUUCGUCUCGAGAGACCUGCAGCGAUACCAGAAAUUGCCGAACAUGCAGCAGCGUUGCUGGCCAACUUCGGAAGUGGCCCAGAGGCGCUUCUUGAUGUUAUCUUCAACGUGAACGGCUACGGUCCAGAGGGCAAGCUGCCUUUUGACCUUCCGAGGUCGAACGCUGCAGUGGAGGCCUCGCGUGAGGAUGUACCGUUCGAUACGAAGGAUCCUGUCUUCAGGUUCGGCCAUGGGUUGAGGUAUGAAUAG